AUGGCCCUGCUCCGGCCGCUGGCUGACAAGGAGCGUUCCGGGGUGCGGCCGCCGGGGCGGGGUCAGGGGACAGCGCCAGGACCCACCCAGCGUGUGCUGGGCAGCUCUGCUCUCCGUCCCGGUGCGCUCCUGGGCGCCUGCUGCUCCCUGCAGGAGAAAGGGGUGCUUCCCCUGUCUGGGGAGGAGCAAGCGCUCCUCGUUGCCCGGCGUCAGCUCGGGACGGUGCCUGUGCCUUGGCCUAGAGUGACCGGCAGUGACCGCUGCCUCGGGGACCAGCCAGAGGGGCCGGAGCAGCAGCAGCUGGCGGGGCUCGGCUCGGCGCCGGGCGGGCCUGCCAGGGCUGAGCGUCACCCUGGCUGUGGGGUGCGGGCCGCAGGGCGGGAGGUGGCACCCUUGUGUCCUGGACCCUCUGUGGUCCCCGCUCCCCCUGACCCGGCCGCCCGUGUCCCGCCAGGCCAGCGGAAGCCGGCCACCUCGUAUGUGCGCACCACCAUCAACAAGAACGCGCGGGCCACGCUCAGCAGCAUCCGCCACAUGAUCCGCAAGAACAAGUACCGGCCGGACCUGCGCAUGGCUGCCAUCCGGAGGGCCAGCGCCAUCCUGCGUAGCCAGAAGCCCGUGAUGGUGAAGAGGAAGAGGACCCGCCCCACCAAGAGCUCCUGAGUGUCCCCCAGAAAUAAAGGUGUCUGCCUCCGCC